UAAAUAGUAUAUGCAAUCCAAAGUAGGCCAUUAGCAAGGGCACUUUUUUUUUACAAUCCUAUCCUUAACAUGUUUUUUUAAGCAGAUGCGCACUGAGGUGUUUCAUAGGAAUUUAAAUUCUAACCACGGCAGCGUUGAUGGUUUUGUAUAUUUUGUAUAAGGGAGUAUUUAUCCUGGAUGAAACUUCAGUUGAAUAGGCUACCACGCCUAUCCACCCAUUCUUUUCAAUCGUUUAACGUCGGCAUCAGACAGACUUCGUUGGAUUUCCAGUCCCUCCCACCUCGGUCAUUGAGCAGGUGUACAAGUGUGAGACUGUUAGUAUGUCUCAGCAUAGGGUUAGAGUGGUGUCUACCUGAACAACCAAAGAAAAUAAAUUAACCAGAAGAACUAGACUGUGACAGUAGCACUUUUCUGGUCAAAAUGCAAGGGAACGCUGCUACUUUUCGGAACGGGAUUUCGCUUUCGCCGUGCGUCAGUUGACAUCAGCGAACAACUUGUAAUUCAAGAUUUCAUUAACGUGGAUUAAACGGAACGGCAAAAGAACUUUAUUUUGGAUACACUACAUCGCAAACAUGAAUCCGUAAACAACUGAUCUAUAUUCUAUAUCCAGGAGCCCGAAGAAAUUAUGGGGAAAUGUCAACUUACGAUGGACCCAGUGCAGGAGUGGGCUGACGAGGUGGAGGACAACGUCGUGUACGGGGUCACUCUGCGCCGUGAGCCGGUCCAGUCGCCCACAGAGCCGGCGGAGGAGCAGCCCGUGUUCAGCUGCGUUCAGUACCGGACCCACAAGGUCCGCAGGGUCAAGGCGGCCACCUUAGACCGUCUGGUGGACCAACUGCUUUUCCCAGAGUGCCAGGACCCCGACUACAGCCGCAUCUUCCUGUCCACCUACCGAGCCUUCACCGACCCCAGCACCCUCAUCCAGGUGCUCUUCCAGAGGGAUGAUAUGGUUGUUAAUCUGGACAACACCGUCUGCCUCCGGAGCCCGGUGCUGCCCCUGAUCCACAUGUGGCUGGAGGAGCUCCACGAGGACCUGCAGGAGCCCCCGCAGCACCCCACCCUCAGGCUGCUGGUCGGCCACCUCCGCCACCGCCUCUGCUUCCGCCGCCUCGCCUGCCAGGCCAAGGCCCUCCUCAAGAAGUUCCUAGAGGAAGAUCGCCAGACCAGCGCUGCUGCCACCGCAGCUGAUCCCAGAGCAGCCACACCAGAGGAGGGAUCGGAGGCUCUGAGCAGUGAGGUCAAAGCCACAGAUCUGCCACUUUGCUUCAUGGACUUCACAGCACAGGACAUCGCAGAGCAGCUGACGCAACUGGACGCCAAGCUCUUUGUUAAAGUGGUCCCGUUCCACUGCGUGGGGUGCGUCUGGUCCCAGCGAGACAAGAAGGACAACCGCCACAUCGCCCCGACGGUGCGCGCCACCAUCGCCCAGUUCAACGCCGUCACCAACCGGGUGAUCACCUCGCUGCUGUGCCAACCCCCUGUGCCCCCCGGCAGCUCUCCCCGCUGCUCGUCCAGCAGCCCCACCCAGAGGGCCAAGGUCAUCGAGAAGUGGAUCUCUGUGGCUCAGGAGUGCAGGCAGCUGAGGAACUUCUCCUCCUUGCGAGCGAUCCUGUCUGCACUGCAGUCUAAUGCCAUCUACAGGCUCAAGAGGACCUGGGCAGCGGUCAGCAGGGAGAGCCUGGAGGCCUUUGAUCAGCUGUGUGAGACGUUCCCUGAUGAGAACUGCGUGCUGACCAGCAGAGAGAUCUUGGUUGAGGAGGACAGCCAUGCAGCAGAGGGCAACCAGUGUCCAGAGGACAACCCUGCUGCCCCCAAGUCCCCCAAACUCUGUCCUCUGUCCAGGCAGCUUGGCACCAGCAGCGGAAUCGUCCCCUACCUGGGCACUUACCUAACUGUCCUCACCAUGCUGGACACGGCGCUGACCGACACCGUUGAGAGCGGGCUCAUCAACUUUGAGAAGCGGAGACGGGAGUUUGAGAUCCUCUCCCAGAUCAGGCAGCUGCAGGCGUCCUGCUCCAACUACAGGCUGAAGCCGCACCCCGACAUCUGCUCCUGGCUGACCGAGGGCAGUCUGCUCACUGACCAGCAGAGCUAUGAGCAGUCUCGAGGUCUGGAGCCCCCCGUGGACCCCUGUCCUGGUUCUCCCAGAUGGGGUCACCGCCUCAUCACCAAGAAGAUCUCCUCGUUCCUGAGCAACAGCGAGAGCUCGGGCAGGAAGACUCACGCCGACCAGAUCAGCGUGUCCUCGUCCGGCUCCAGCGGCUCAGAGAUGGAGGACCUGUCCAGCACCAGCUCCAGCUCCGCGCCCCUCCGCCUCAAACUCCAGUCUCUGUCCAACUCGUGUCAGAACGUGGCGGAGGACUUCACCCCGUGCUCGUCGGCGUCCCCCACCCCGUCCACCUCCUCCUGCAGCUCCUCCCAGGCCGAGAUGACCCCCCUCAGCCCCGACAGCUCGUCCUCCUCCAUCUCCUCCUCCUCCUCCACCUCCUCCACCUCCUCCUCUUCCUCCCCGCCGCCAUGCACCUCCACCCAUCCGGUCUACAACAAGCAGGGGGCCGACUCCUGCAUCGUCAGGGUCAGCGUGGAGGUCGGCAGCAACGGCAACGUCUACAAGAGCAUCCUGCUGACCAGUCAGGAUAAGACGGCGCAGGUGGUCCAGAGGGCUCUGGAGAAGCACAACCUGGAGGCGAUGCGUUGCCAUGACUUCAGCCUUAGUCAGGUGUUGUCCCAGGACAAAGAGUUGCUGAUCCCAGACAAGGCCAACGUGUUCUACGCCAUGUGCACGUCGGCCAACUACGACUUCGUGCUGCGGCAGCGCUGGCGGAACCACAGCGGAGCUCUGGGGUCCUCCUCCAGCCCCGGCGCCGUGGGGCGAUGGCGCCACGCCAAGUGAACGCCGCCGCCGGUGCUGCUGCCGUCGGGGCGGCCGUUAGUGGUCACUGUAGCUCAAGAGCACCCCCUGCUGCUCGCACGUGUAACUACAUGCGGUGAAGGACCGCACACAUCUGUCUGCCUGAGCAGCUGUGUGCACACUGCACAUAGUUAGAAACUUUUAGUGUAAAAUAUCAGGUUUAGGGAUCAGAUCUCACUCAGAUCUCAGACUCACAAUGAAGGAAAGGACAUGGGAAACGUGCAAUGGUAAGAGUAGAAACAGAAGAAGGCACACGUCACUUGGGAACUAGCUUUGGAAUUCGACAGAAAAGGAUACGAGUCGGAAUGGCUCUUCUUAAAAAAGGGACAAGGCUCUGUUCAGCAAUGGUUCAUAUAAACAUCUCAGCACUUUAGUACCCUGCUGGCAGGCCACUGCACUAGCUGUUCUCAAUCUGCAGUUUGCUCAGUGGAUGAUUUGAAGGAGUGGGUCGUGAUCUGAAGGGAAAAGAACGUUCUAGAGAAGCUGAGAACUGCUUUACUCUGCAGCGAUUCCCACAGUGUUGUCCAGGCACAUUGCCACUUUGUAAUUGGGCAACAUGACGGACCUUAGCGAUGGGACGCAGACAAGGACCUCAACGGACAAAGGAAUGAGCGGUGAACUCUGGUGCAACUGGGCACAUGUUGGAGUGAGUUUGGCCACACAACUGUGGGUUGGACAGAGUGCAAACAAGCAGACCAGCAAAGGAAUCAUGGGAACUGCUUGUGUGACCAGACUGAUGGUCUAAAAUGGUUUGAUCCUUUCUCUAACACAAACAUGCAAUAUGCUACUGCUUUUAGGCUAAUAAUUAUUACUGAGAAUGAUAUAAAACGGUUAAUUGAAGAGAAAUUUAUAAGUAUCGAAAAUAUUUUGAGACUAGAUUUUUUUUCAGUCUUAAUUAAUUUGAAUGGUAUUACAUUUCAGUGUUAAUUUUUCAGAAGUAUGUUUGGAGUUAUGUGUGAAUGAUUGUUUUUUGUGAAUGGGAUGUUUUUGUUUAUGUCUGUCAGCUAAUGAAAUUCAUGCUUUGGGGACAUUUUCCAGACUUUAAUGAUAACAUGAGUAUAAUGAGCAGGACAUGCACACCUGUGUUUGGAACAUCCACCAUUACUGGAGCUCUCCGUAGUGAAUGAGUGGAGGUUCAUAACACAGGCUGGACUAACCUAUAACUAACGAGGUAGCACCACUGUCCUGUGGGUAUCCAAGCUCAUUGCCUUUGUGUUUAAUGAAGGAUUUAUUUUUUUAUCAGAGUGUUACUACAGACACCAAGCCAACACAAGCUAGAGAUGUAUGUUCUCCGAUGCCUCAUAUAAUGAGGUUAUCAAGAGUAACGUGACUCGGAGAAGUAAAGUCACCAUAGUGAGCUUAUCUAGAGUAAUGUGACGCAGAGAAGCAGAGUGGCCAUAGGAAUGUGCCUGAGUGAUACCGCAUGUGUGUUUAGAGUGAUCAUGACUGGUGAUAGACACCGGAAUCAUGAAUGGGGUCAUGCAGCCAGGUGAUUGUGUAAUAGAGCGCCGUGUGGUCAGAUAUAAAACAGUGGCCGUCAUGCAAAUUGUGAGUGACGUGCAAACAAGGUUAAAAAGGUUAAAGUCUCUCAAACGCACAAAGGACUUCUACUUCAAAUACCAGCGGGAUGAUGCCAGAAAGGUUUUGCGUAUGUGGUAACUGUAUGUCUGAAUGGUUUGUGUAUAAGGUUAAAUUAUUUCAAGCACUCUUGCCUAUAUUUUAAACUAUGAAAUAUUAAAUAAAAGUUAAU